AAACAAAAAAAUGAAGUUUAUAAAAAAGAUAUUAUGUUUGGUUUGUACCAUUUUUAUUUCUAAUUUCCUUAUAUGGCGUUUUUUUAAAUUCAAAACUCAAGAAGUAUUGAAUAAUCAUGUUUCUAUAAAUCUAAAAAGUUCUGGUAUUCAUGAGCAAAAACAAGUAUAUGUUUGGGGAAAAGCUGCUAUUUCAGAAUAUUUCUGGACGCACAUUAUAGAAGGUGUAGUGCAACGUAGUAAUAAAUAUAUUUGGGAUGAAGGUGUUAUUCAAAUUAAUAGUGUUAAGUUGGUUUAUUUUACUGGACCUGCAUUACUUCCAGAAACAGCUCCUAAAGAUAUAAAAGACUUAGUUGUUAUACUUAAUGGAAUAGAAGAAAAAAAAAUCAACGCAAGUUUGAAGUGGCUUCAUUCCCUGCUUAAUAAAAAAUUGUUUCCUUUGCUUCAAAAUCUAGGAAUUAUUAUGCUUGGCAAUGAGCAAUGUAAUAAUAGUUGGGUAAUUGAUUUGUGUAAACGCUCUGUUUUUAUUGUUUAUGACAUUAAUUUGUCUUAUCCUCCUUAUUUUUAUUAUCAAUGGCCAUUGGGUGUUGCAACUUAUAGAAAGUUUCCACUUAUAAAAAGGAAUAAUGUAGACUUACACUCUCAAAGAAUGUAUUUUUGUAACUUUUUGGGUACAAUUUAUAGUAACCAUAUCUUAUCUUCUCGUUCAAAACAUUUUAAUAUAUUAACUGUUGGUCGUUUAAAAACUUUAUGUUACACUAAAGUUCGUUAUUCAUGGUUACCUGCAGAAACUAAUAAUGCCCUUUUAAUGUAUGUACAUGACUGGUCUGAAUUAUUGUCAAUUAUAGAAUUAGAAAGUAAAAUGCCACAUGUUGAAAAAGUUAAAAGGCGUGAAGCUAUUUUACGAUGGUACGAAAAAUUCAGAUCAAAAAUGAGAGAUGUUUUUUUAGAAGUACUCAGCAAAAGGUUCAAAUAGUUAGUUUAUUUGGACUAAGUAUUACUUAAAAUAUUUAUAGAAGUCCAUCUUAGCCUGUUUUCAAAAUUUCCGUAUCAAAAUACAUGUACCACAAAAUACUACAACAAAUUUUGUUCGAGUCCAUACAUAUUCUGUAUCAGUAUAUAAAAAGAAUUAAUAUGUUGAGUGAAAAUAUUUAUAUUUUUUAUAUCUUCAAUAUACAUCUUUUUUUUUAACAGCCGUUAUUAAAAAAUGUAAUAAU